UCUACUCCGUCUCUGUCUUUCUUCUAUUCUCUCUCGCUUCCUUUCUCCAGUCUCCACCCCACCAAAACUUUCCCUUUAGCCAUUUCGUAAUUAAGUUCGUGCAACAACGAAAAAAAAUAAAAAAUAAAAAAACACACGCAAACGCAAAGGCCUCGUCGGUUUCUCUCUUUCACGCCCCCACGCAAUUCACAACGCCAAACGAACGAAACUUGCACAACAAAAAAGAAUAACGACGAGAGAAAUUUUAAACUACUUGGGCAGUUACAAGGUAAAAUAGUGAAGAGGGUUUGAUUUUUCUGUGGGGCUUGCGUUUCUUCCGGGGGGUUUUUUCAUGGCGAAGAAGCGGAAAUCAGACGUCACGCGCCUUGAUGAAGUUGACCGUGCCAUGUAUACCACCUUCUGCAGCGCCGCCAACUCGCUUUCGCAGCUCUACUCACAGGCGAUGAACCACCAGCGCCUCAGCUUUCAAGGCGGAGAACGCCACGCGCUGGAGAAACUUUAUCAAUGGAUUUUGAGGCAGCAAGAAGAAGGAUCACAAGUAACAACCAUAGAUAUUGUUGCUUAUUUGCAGAAUGAGCUCGAAUAUGGAGCAGAGGAGCCUCCUGUGUCUCCCAGGUUACCUAUUCGACAUGAACAUCCCCAAAGUGGAUUACAUAAUUUAGGGAUUCCGAUGGCUUCUAUUCCAUGGAUGCCAUCAGCGGCAGGGCCUGGUGUCCGUUGUGGACAACCAGAUCAUCAAGUGAAGAACUCAGUUUUCUCGAAUGCUCUCUCAAGCCCUGUUGGCCACAGCCUUCAACAGUACCAGUUGUCACAAGGAGGCUACCAAAUUUCAUCUGGAAAUGGUUCUUGGAAUAGAGACGCUAACAGUUUACAUCCCAGUUCUCCCAGUUUUGAAUCCAUGGACAUGCAUGCAGAUAGUCCGGGCCACCAAUUCCCUUACUGAAAUUUAUGUGCUUUCUUCAUGUAUUUUCUUGUUGUGUGAUGAUUAGAAACUUUGAAAAUUCACUACAAAUGUAGUACAAUUUCCAUUUAAUAUAUUAGCUAUAUCACCCCUCUCCAUGAA